AUGGCGAUUAUGAAAUAUGCAGCAGUAGUGUUCAUGACUGUAUUGGUUUGCAUCCAUAAUACAGUAGAAGCUUCGUUUAGUGAGGAACCGAAAGUCAUACGUGUAGAUGGAAAAGUAUUGUGCCAGGACUGCACCGAAGGUUGGAAUGAAUGGGUUCAUGGUGCCAGACCCAUCAUAGGUGGUAAGGUAUCUGUUACUUGUCUGGAUGAAAGAAAAAGAGUUGUGUACUAUGGAAGCGAUUUGACGGAUGAGACGGGCCAGUUUGAAUUGACCAUAAACAAGUACACAAUCCAUGGUAAAGAACUUCAAGCUAAACGAUGCUCGGUGAGGUUGGUUUCUUCCCCAGAUGCUACUUGUAACGUCCUAACUGAUUUUGCCGGUGGACGCUCCGGGGUUAAGCUCCAACGCCCGAGUUCGGUGUACCGGGAUUUGGUCAAAUACACUCUUGGUCCAUUCUACUAUACCACUCCAAUGUGUGAAGAGCCUGAUACUCAUGACAAGUCGACUGAUGAUGAUGGCAAGGGAGAGAAGUUCAAGAAAAUUAGAGAAGAUGGCUGGUAUUUUUUCAGUACAAGGAAGCGAAAGUACCAGAAUGGGAGACGGCCAAAUCGUAAAGCAGACGAUGGAUAUUGGAAGGCAACCGGAAGUGGUAUAGAUAUCAAAGGUGAAAAUGGUGAAGUAAUUGGACACAAAAAAGUUCUGGAUUAUAAAAAGGGGGCGCAUCCACUAAAUAUAAAGACGGAUUGGAAAAUGCUUGAAUAUAAACUUAAGGAUGAGGAUGAAGACAAUCCUCUUCCAAAGAGGAAAAAAGGUGAAGGUAACAUGAAGUUGGAUCUUGUUUUGUGCAAAGUCUAUUUGAAUACCAGAGCUAAUGGUAAUACGAAUAACAAUGGUGCAAUCACUACAGAAAUUUCUGAUCAAGAAAUGGUUACAGAUUCUGGUACAUCUCAUUACAGAGAAACAGUACUGAAGCAGGAAGCUGAUCAAGUUCAACCUCUUGAUUCAUCACUGAUGAGCAGCCUGCAACGACAGGUCCAUAGUAAUACUACCGGAGCAUUCAACCAUAUGGAUCACAUAUCGACUUCUUCCACAAUACCCGAGACAUGUUUUCAUUCGUCAAAUCCGAUGAACAACGGCGUUAUGGUUACAGAUACUGUUACAUCUCAUCGUCGUCACAACAAUUUAGUACCUAAGCAGGAAGCUGGUCAAGUUGCACCUCUUGAUUCCUCACUGGUAUACAGCCCGCAACCACAGGUACAUAAUAAUACUACUGGAGGAUUCAACCAUUUGAAUCACAUAUCCAAUUCUUCUUCGUCAACUUCUAUGAGCAACGGGGUUUAUGACUCAACAAAUUGUACACAUUAUGGUGAGCCUAUGCACAAUGGAUCUUCUGGCUCCGUGUAUCAGUGGGGAUCCAGCUUCACUCAACUCCAUCAUCAAAACUAUUACAUGUACCCGGAGCAGAUGCCAUCAUCUUCAACGUCGUAUACUUCUGAACAUCCCUUGCAAUAUUUGUCGACAGAGAUUUGGACACAAUUGCAGCCUGAAAACCAUGAGAUGUCUCGACUGGAUGAUUCAACUUUUGUUUCGUUACCUCCCCAUGUCAGGGAGUACAAUUCUAUGCUUGUCAAUAUUAAGGACGAAGCUGAGAUGAUGCCCUUUAAGCACGAAGCUGAUGAUGAUGAUGAUGAUGAUGGACUACAGUUUCUUAGCAUUCCAGAUGAAGUGCAUGAAGAUGAUCCCAAAACAGACUGA